CACAGUUCUAGUUAGCUACUUUGUUUUCAUAAUUACAAUGCUCAAAAUUCUCUAAGUCAUUAACUAUAUUAUCUCUAUCAACUCUUGAUUCAAACACAACUCACUGCAAGAAUCCGCGUUUUAUUUAUUUAUUGUUGUGACAAAAAUUCUUCUAGUGAUCUUUGAUUUAUUGUUGAUAGUCGAAUCAAAAUGAAUCUUUCAGUGAAUGGUCACUCGCAAGUACCUCCUGGUUUUCGAUUUCAUCCUACAGAAGAAGAGCUUCUUCAAUAUUACUUGAAGAAGAAAGUUGCUUUUGAAAAGAUAGACCUUGAUGUCAUUCGAGACAUUGAUCUUAACAAGCUUGAACCAUGGGAUAUCCAAGAGAAGUGCAAAAUAGGAUCAGGGCCUCAAAAUGAUUGGUACUUCUUUAGUCAUAAGGACAAGAAAUACCCUACAGGGACUAGAACAAAUCGUGCCACUGCAGCCGGGUUUUGGAAGGCCACAGGCCGCGACAAGAUGAUUCAUAGCAACAACAAACGCAUUGGUAUGAGAAAGACGCUUGUUUUCUACAAAGGUCGAGCUCCUCAUGGUGAGAAAUCUGAUUGGAUUAUGCACGAGUACAGGCUUGAAGAUUGCGGUACUAACACAGUACAUGGUCACUCCAUUAUUGUAAGCUUAAACUUUUAAAUCUCACUUUUUUUUCAAGCACUAUUUAUAAAAAGCUUAGGAAAUCAGAGAAAAAUAUAAAAAGGAUAAAUGAUAGAGUCAAGAACUACAAGUCAAAGUUUAUGAUUUUCUUAUGUAAUACAGCAAAUGUAGAUUUCCUUUUCAAGCAGUACAUAUAAAUAAUCUUCUACUUUAGGAUAGUUUUACCUAAUUAUCCUAUGUUUCUAUUUACAUUUAUAUUCGAGAGAUAAAGUUACCCUUGUAAGUUAGACAAGUAACAUCCAUGCAUGAUGAUUCUUGAUGUCAAAAUUAGUAUUGACAGCUUGACUAGUUUACAUUUUCAAGAAGAAAAACUACCAAAAGGCAGUUGAUAGUCCAAGAUGCUUCCCCACAUCAACCGAUCCACAAACCCAAUUGUUAAAUUUCAGCAGUAAAAAGGUGCUUGAUCACAUCUUUUCUUGCAUGGAGAAGACCUAUGAAGAUGAGAUUACCAACAUUCAUGAUCAUCCAACAACCUGUACUAGUACCGCCACCAAUAACAUCAUCCCUACCUACAGCUGUUGUACUGAAACCACCCCCAGUAUCGAGGCCUCGAAUCAUCAGCUAUUACUGAACAAUCAGUUUUCAGUUGAAGAUGAUCAGUACAAUCUUCCUAUGCUUACCUGCAGCAACAACAGCAGCCCACAGCCAUUUGAACAUCAUCACGACGAUGAUCCUAUGCUUACCUGCAGCCGUAACACAACAAGUUUAAGCGAUUGGAUGACACUAGACCGCCUUAUUGCUUCUCAGCUCAACGGCCAAGAUCAUCAUCAAGACUUAAUGUGUUCGAAUUCAGUUAUGUAUCAUCGUUAAGUCAUAGCCGCCCUACAAUUAGCUAUGGUUACACCAGUUGUGACAGUACUAUGCAAUCUCGCUUUCUGCCUGCUGUCUCCUGAUGAUGAUGAGGAUGGUGACAUUUAUCACCUUUCUGCACAUGAUUCGUGCUCACCGACGUCGCCUGCUCAUCAAUAAGAGCAACUUUUUCAUCAAGUCAUUUGUGGGAACCAGCAACGAACACAGGGUACUAUCUAUGAAAGUUGACUAGUUACUGAAGAUCUUUGUCGUUACCAAUCCUCAUCAUUACUUACGUUGGAAUUUAGUCGAUAUAUACCCUGUAAAGUCUUCCUCUAUGCAUGAUUAUCAUUCCAACUUUAACUAUUGAUGAUUUCGCUAAAAUUAUACAAUAAAAUCACUUGUACAUCUUUAAA